AUGUUCGUUUUUAUAUGUCUUAUUUUUAUUUGUAAUUUUCAUUAUAUUUUUUCUUGUGGAUGUUAUGGAUCAAAUAGUUGUACUACAAAUGGAAUUCUAUGCAGUCCUUAUGAAUUAAAUAAUUCAUGUUUAUGCGACUGUUGUCCACCAUGUAAUACUUGUGAACAAUUUUUUCAAUCGAAUUGUUUAUCUCAUCUAUAUAGUAAACAUUACGGUUUAUCAACAAAUCAAUCUGAUUUAAUAGCUAAAAUAAAUCAAUCAAAUAUUUCUUAUGAUAUUAUUGAUAAAAUUAAUGAUGAACAUGUUCGUUAUCUUUGGAAUCCUUGUUUACGUCGAUCACUUCCUAAUGGUAUUUAUUUAAUAAAUGAUAAUGAGGGAAGAUAUAAACUAGUUGGUAUACCAAGAGAAAAACUAGAAAAAACUUCUUAUGAAAUAUUAUUUAAAGGUCCAGUUAGUUUACUAAUAUUAAUCGAUUUUACAAUAACUAUUAUUUGA